GUUUUCUACGUUCCCAUCUGUCCAUUCCUCCCAAGUCAGCACAAUGCUACGUCGGCAAGCCCGCGAGCGUCGUGAUUAUAUCUACCGUCGCGCAAUACAACUGCGAGAUGCUAGCAUUGCAGAGAAGCGGGCGCUGCUGAAAAAGUCGCUUGCUACUGGGAAACCCCUUGACCCGUCGAUUGCCAAUGACAAUUCUCUGCGCAAAGAUUUCAAGUACGAUGAAUCCCUGGAUCUCGAGAGUGCUGCUGCACAAGAGUCCAUGGACGAUGAGUAUUCAAUGCUGUCUGGUCUCUCCGACCCUCGUCCACUUGUCACAACCUCCCGUAGCCCUUCGACACGACUCUCUACCUUUUCCAAAGAAAUUCGCCUGCUCCUACCCACCUCUAUUCGCCUGAAUCGAGGCAACUUGAUUCUCCCUAAUCUUCUUGCGAGCGCAAAGGCCGCCGCCCUCACCGACAUUAUCCUCCUCCACGAGCAUCGAGGCACGCCCACUGCAAUGACCAUUUCCCACCUGCCUCAUGGCCCAACCGCUUCUUUCUCCCUACACAAUGUCGUUUUGCGAGCAGACAUCCCUGAUGCUUCACGAGGGACGGUAUCUGAGUCCUAUCCCCAUUUGAUCUUUGAGGGAUUUACGACACGGCUGGGGAAGCGAGUGGUCCAGAUCCUCAAACACAUCUUUCCUCCCCGGGACGGCCCACAUAAAGUCGGCAACAGAGUAGUGACCUUCAAGAAUGUCGAGGACAGUAUCGAGGUGCGGCAUCACGUCUUUGUGCAGACCGGCUACAGGGACGUCGAGUUGGCUGAAGUCGGACCCAGAAUGAGCAUGAGAUGCUUCGAGAUAAGAGGUGGUACUUUGGAGAAGGAUUCUGGCGGCGAAAUCGAAUGGGCAUUGACCCAAUACACAAGAACCAGCCGCAAGAAAGAUUAUCUAUGAACUCAAGCUCAUAAUGCAGCAUGACAGUGUCAAGAAAUAGGUCGAUGUCACUGUACUGUUAUGCAGCAGUCGUCUUGCAUGACAUGACAAUCGCUGGUGGACAGUUUUCAGCAUAUCUCGAUGGCCAGGAUUACUUCACCAUCCGCUUUCUGGAGUCUUCGCCUGAACCUCCAAUCGUUCAUCCAUGAUAUGCUCAUGCAUAUUCAUCAGCACCGUAACGCUAGGCUUCCUACUCCUGGUUUCAAUGGACUCGACCGCUGCUUCAUCUUGUCCAUCACGGAACUGUAGCGCUGAUGGCUUUGAGCCACGGAAGCCCUCGCCAUCAUCUGCUCCGUCCUCACCAAGUGGUUUCUCGCUCAAGGGUUGUACGCAGUGGAUGCCUUUCUUCCACCCCUCAUAGACAUCCGUCCACUCAACACCCACCCUCAUGUUGAAGAACUUACAGAACAUAUCCCAAGCCAGGUCAAACGUGCUGCCGACGGGAGCCAGUGUCUGUAUCCAGAUCAUCCCCGAUCGCGUGUUGAUCGAAUAGCAUGCAUAUGUCUUCACGUUUCGACGGCUUCCUGCUUGUGGGACCACCGAAGCGGAAGAGGUGUGCCUGGUGGAUCUGCGACCAGUCGAUAUUAAAUCUGACUCAAAAAGCUGUAGGCUCAGAGCAUAUGGGUCGGGAAUGUGCACACGAAGUUUGGGGUUUGAGGGCCUGAGGUCUUGAGGCAGGGCACUUCCAAUGACAGGGUUCCGCGAAAAUGGGUAUGGCUUGGGAAAGAAGUACAGCGGCACUGGGCAAAAUGGAAGUCUGGAGUUUGAUUCAGGGUCUUCGGAGGGUCUGAAAACCUUGCCUUGGGUCCCAUUAGCGUGUGAGCAGCUCAGAACUGCACAAGAAACACACCUUUUCUUGGUCCCUGAUGCUUCCCCUCGCUGGCUUGGUGGUACAUUGAGGACUUGGUAUCGUGCUGGGAAGCGAAGUCGGGUGCAUAGCGCACCUUGAUCCGAUGUUUCUCAAGCCGAUUCUUCAAUAUAUCCUCCCUUAUCAGUGUGAAGAGGUACAUGAAGCCACUCUGGUCGACAAAGGGCCGAUAACCGCCUGUGGUGGGAGAUAACUCAACUUAAGUACACACUAAGAAUGGAGGGGGACCAUAAAAGUUGAAAUUGAAUAAACUUACGGGAAGUCAUCUUCUCCUCGAAUUGCUCGCAUGCUGCAUCCAUAUCCAAUCCU